ACAUAAAUAGCAAUCAAAUAAUCCUAUAUACUGGGAAAAAUAAUGGCUAAAAAAGCAGGAAAAGGGUUUAUCCUUGUAUGCCUUCAACUCUUGCUCUGUUUCUCUCAAAUCAAUUGGAUAAGAGCUAAAGGGGAGGAUGGAAGUGAUGAUGAGAUAAAAGGUAUGUUUGUAUUUGGGAGCUCUUUGGUGGACAAUGGCAACAACAACUACCUUGAAAACUCGACGGCUAAAGCUGAUUUCUUACCCUAUGGGAUAGACUUUCCAAAGGGACCAUCUGGCCGAUUUACAAAUGGAAAAAAUGUGAUCGAUUUACUAGGUGAAAUGCUGAAGCUUCCCUGCCUUAUUCCACCCUUUUCUGACCCUUCAACAAAGGGAAGCAAAGUGGUUCAUGGUGUCAACUUUGCCUCUGGUGCUUCUGGUAUUUUGGAUGAUACUGGUUUUCUAGCAGGGCAAGUGAUAAGCCUAAAUCAACAAAUAAGGAACUUCGAGACGGUGACGUUGCCGGAAGUGAAAAAUCAAUUGGGGGUUAAUAGAAGAGAGAAUAGGAAAGCGGCGAAAAAGUACAUGUUCAUAAUGGGAACGGGAGGCAACGACUAUUUAUUCAACUACUUUGCGAGAAAAGGGGAGUACAAUGUCAGCCUUGAAACCUUCACUGCCAAUCUCACCACCUCUCUUUCCCUUCAACUCAAGAAGUUGUACAGGUUAGGAGCAAGGAAGUUUGUAUUGAUGUCAAUAUAUCCGCUUGGAUGUUCUCCAAUGUUGAAUGCAAUGCGUAAAGAUGGGUGCAUCGAAGUUAUGAACCAGGCGGCGAUUCUCUUCAAUGAUGGGUUGAAAUCAAUAAUAGAUGCGGCUAAAUCUGACAUGCCAACUUCUAAUCUUGUUUUGGUCAACUCUUACAAUAUUGUAACUGAUAUCAUCCAAAACCCUAGUUCCAAAGGUUUCAAAGAUGCUAACAAUCCAUGUUGUGAAGUGGUGCCAUUGACACAAUUAGCAGGCAAUGGAGUUUCAUGCAAAAAAGGUGGGAGGAUAUGUAUGGACAGGAGUGCUCAUGUGUUUUUUGAUGGGCUUCAUCCCACUGAAAAAGUGAAUGUGGAAAUAGCAACCAAGGCUUUCAGUUCUGAUCUCAAAACCGAAGUUUAUCCCAUUAAUGUUAAUCAACUUGCCCAACUUUAAGUUACAUUUCCAAGCUUCACAUGUAUGUAUAUCGUUUUCCAUAACUUUCUUCUACAUGUGGGGAUUGUAUCUUUCGACCUUAAUCAAACAUGAAUAAAGUCAAAAUAAGCUCCUCUCGAAAA